UUCAAUUAGGUCCAGGCAGAGAGGCAGGCAGGCAUCAGCACGGGGACAAGUUGACGGCAACAAGACGCAGUUCAUUCAUUGUUACAGCAGCAGGCACGCUCCGUGGAGCCGCCAGCACUCCUCCUGCAGCCCGGGCAGAGAGUUGCUUCACUUUCCGCCGCCUGUUUCUGAACUUUUCACGGCUGUAACACUAUGGACCCGCUAUGGACGGACACCGGCGCUCCGGUACGGCAUGCAAAUACGUACUCUGACGUCGGCGAUCAUGUGGCUUUUGGCGUAGAUCCUCCUUGUGAUCGCCAAUUUUUUCUUUCCUGUCGCCUGUUGUCUGCUCGGCUAUUGGACCGCCGCGAGAGUGUUUGAAGCACAUUUGUCUCGUUUUUCGUCCGGCAGUCGCUUUGGGGAUUGUACCGCAACCACCUGAGCAUCGCGCCAAAUCGGUGUGCAGGCAGCAUCCUGUCAUGCAGUUCCAGGAGGUCGGCCAGCACUGGAGCUGACACUGUCAGCGAGCCCAGCCUCCACUACACUACAACAGCCCAUCUCUACCAGACCUUCACCUUCCACUGCCCUCCUCUCUCUCCAGCCACUAAUCUCACCCCAGGGAAAGACUGUUCUCCAGACUCCUUGGCUGCUCGCUCCCAUCCCAGAGACUGUCUUGCGCUCCGUGCCUUUCUUGAUAUAAGAGAGAACCCAGGCCUGCAUCUGGGUCCUAGUACAAGCCAGUCCUCCUGGCUAUUUAGACUGUCUAUCCAGCCACCACUCUGUGACAGUAGUCCUGUAUCCUGCAUCCUGGGCACCUCAGCCUCCUUUUAUAUCACCACUGGCCAAGCACAGGCACAAAGUGAGGGCAGCGGUCCACCCAGACGAACCCAGGAUCUACCAUCAUCAUGUCCAGUCGACGGAAGGCCUCCACUCCCUGUAUGAUCCGAGCCGACCAGACCAUGGUGGAGCUGGAUGAUGAGGCAGAGGAAUCACACGACAUGGAGACACCAGCGGAAAACCAUACUGAGGAGGCACCUAUGGAAACAGAUCCCUCAACAGAGGCAGAGCCUUCCGUGGAGUUAAACCCUCCCACAGCUCCAGACAAACCAGCAACCGAGCCACCAGACCUUUCCAAGCCUCAGCGUAGGCAGCAGGGGGGCUACGAGUGUAAAUACUGCCCCUUCUCCACACAGAACCUCAACACUUUCAAAGAACACGUUGACGCCAACCACCCUAACGUCAUCCUCAACCCCCUGUACCUGUGUGCCGUCUGUAACUUCAACACAAAGAAGUUUGACACCCUGACAGAACAUAAUGAGAGGUGUCACCCAGGGGAGAGCAACUUCAAAUUCAAACGCAUCAAAAUGAACAAUCAGACAAUCUUAGAACAGACAAUAGAGGGGUUCAGUAACAGUGCGGUCAUUUACAACACUUCCAGUGCCAUUUCUGGCAAAGGACACGAACUAGGCACUGUUCCCCUCAGCAAACCCACCACAGUCAAGAUCGGUAAACCAAAAAUAAUGUCGUCGGAUAAUAAACGGACAGAGUCUCAGUUGGGCAAACUGACCCCAGAUCUGGGCAAGAAACCAAUCACAGCCCUCAACGUGAACGGAACAGUCAUCAUCCCUGAGUCGACUCUACUCAAAGCAGACGGCCUUUCUCACAUCAUGCCUUCCCUACAGCGGCCUCUAAACUACACCCAGGUGCCGAAGAUCGCAGUGCCCCUCAACACAACCAAAUACAACCCUUCGCUGGACGACAACCUGACACUCAUCUCAUCCUUCAACAAGUUCCCCUACCCGACACAGGCUGAGCUCUCCUGGCUCACCGCAGCCUCAAAACAUCCAGAGGAGCAAAUCAAAGUCUGGUUCACCACACAGAGGCUCAAACAAGGCAUUAGCUGGUCUCCUGAGGAGGUGGAAGAAGCCAGGAAGAAAAUGUUCAAUGGUACAAUCUCCUCCGUGCCUCAGACCUUCACCGUCGUAACUCCUCACCUCAACUCCCAAUCAUUCACCAACCCGUCAAACCAAGCCUCCAAAUCCAUGCAGCCGGGAGCCUCUGUCCUGCAGUCCCUCCCCUGUCAGCUCCUGGGACAGACCAGCCUGGUGCUGACGCCUGUAGCCAACGGCUCCACUGUCACUUGUGCACCACUGGCACUCACCGUGGCUAACCAGGUGGCACAGUCGCUCAAACGACCCCUGGCCUCCCCUGUGAUCGCCACAGAGAGUAAACGACCCUCCAUCAUUCAAACCAUCUCGGCGCCCAUGGUCACAUCCAAACUGGUAUCGCCCAAAGUGCUGAGUUUCACUGUUGACCCCAAUAAAACAGCGGAGCAGCUAUCAGUACUGAGGUCCAGCUACACACAGUGUCCUUUCCCUGAGGAAGAUGAGAUCUACAGGCUGAUAGAGACCACAGGGCUGUCCAGAGGAGAGAUAAAGAAGUGGUUCAGUGAACAGAGGCUUCUUAAUCUCAAAGGUGUUCCACCACCUCCAGUGUUGGUGAAAGCAGAAGUGACGCCAACACCCAAAGAUGGCCCUGUAAAGAAAGCGGUCCCCAGUCAGUUUCCCCUGCUGGAGAGGGUGAAGGGGAAAUCAUCAGAGCAGCUGAAGGCACUGGAGGAGAGUUUUCAGAGAAGCAGCUCUCCAACAGAGGCAGAUCUCGACCAGCUGGCCCAGGAGACCAGACUAUCCAAGACGGAGGUGGACUGCUGGUUUUCAGAGCGCAGGGGUCUGAGGGACAACAUGGAGAAGGCUUUACUCACCAUGGCUUCAAAGAACACAGAGGACAGAGUAGACCGGCCGGGAGCGCUGCUGAACGGGGCAUCUCAUCAUCGGGAGCAGGACGGAAAAUCUCUUCGCUCCUCUCCUCACCCCCCUGUCCUCUCCUCUUCCUCCUCCUCAUCCUCCCCUCCUGUCCUCGCAGCCUCCUCCCCUCAUCCACCAACCCUCUCCUCCUCUGCAUCACCUCCCAUCCUCACUUCAUCAUCCUCCUCUUCUCCCCAUCCUCCCAUCCUGUCAGCCUCCACGAGCCCGGCUCCCAUCUCCAGCCGCUCCCUCGCCCUGCUCAGAGAGAUGUUCUGUCGGACUCAGUGGCCAUCUCCUGAGGAGUAUAGCCAGCUGGAGGUCCAAACAAGCCUUGGACGUACAGACAUUGUCCGCUGGUUCAAGGACCACCGCUCGGCACUGAAGAACGGUGAAACUCUGGACUGGAUGGAAAGUUUCCAAAACCCAAACCCUGUAGAGCAGCAGAAAGCAGGCCAGGAACAAAACGGCCAGAGUUCUGACAAAAACCAGAGUGUUUCCUUGGAAGUCAACACUAUGAAAGUGGAGGAGGCUGGUGAGAACACAGCAGCUGCAGAGCACUCUAAGCUGUCCGACCAAGACAAAGUCCAGUGGUUGACUGACAGAUUAGCCCACAGUGUGUCGGACCUGAGCCGGACCAGACCGGACCAGACCAGCUCUAGCGCUGCCGACAAAGGAAGGUGGGUAAAGGUGACUGUGGCAGUGGGGGAGGAGAGUGAAGGAGGAGAGGAAAGACAGAGGUUGGCAACAGACACCGACGUUCUGACCUUGGAGCAACCUGGGAGGGUCACUGGUUGAUGGUCGAGUAAAUCAUUGACUGCUGAGUCACCGACCACCAUGCAACGACUCAAGAUGACCAAACGUGGAACCAGUGAUGUAACUGUCUGCCUGUGAUGUCAUCACAAAGCGCCAGAGACUUUGGAGUUCCACAGUUGAAGCACUGAUGUGUGAUGCAGAUGCUGACAUUAAGAGGAGUGCCAAAGCUGGACUUGAUGCAUUGUUCUUACUACUACACUUUCUUUCUUUUUUUUUUUUUUUUUUUUAAAAAGAAGAAGCACCCUUGUAAAUAUUUUUCUGUAUUACAAAAAAAAAAGGUUUGUACAGUUUUACUGGGAGGGCAGGUUUUGUUACAUUUUAAAAAAAAAGUGAUUGGUGCCCCAAAACCUGGAAUGUUUUUCUGUUGUUGUUGUUUUAAGAUCAAAGUGUAUAAUAGUUAUUUGCUGAAAAUCAGUCCUAUUUCUUUUUCAUAAAUCAUACCUGCGAACCACUCAUUAUGAGUAGUCUUUGAUGGCACUUGCAUAUAUCCCCGUGGUAGUGAUAGAUAUCUUCAUGCUAGGCCACUUCAUCUCAAACUGUUAGGGAACGGCACCUUCCUUUUUUUCUCCUGCAGCGUCACCUUGACUCAAAAGUGCUAGAGGGGGGGGCAUUUAGAAGGCGUGACAGUGUUCUGGGCAAUAUGAACACAGCUACAACCUCACCGCCGAGAGGCCAGAGAAUGAACAGCCACAUGGGCAGACCAAGAAAAAGACGCAUUAGGGCAAAUGAAUGAAUGGAUGGAUGGAUGGAUGGAUGAAUGAAUGCACUGUACGUCCCAACAUCCAGUAUUUUUUCUAAUCAGCUGGCUCUUGCAUCAGUACCCGAGGCAUGUUUAAGAGGCUUUAACAGCACAGAAUGUUCCUUUUCCUGAUAUAGAAACGAUUAAUUUCACAGAGAAGAGAGUGGAAUGUCUGUGUGAUCGCACCAUGCUGCCUUCUCAGCGCUCUUAUCUGACAUUAGCUGUCUGCUGCAGAACCCGGGUACAGUACAGACUGAUGAUGACUUCAGCAUUUUCACUUCUUUGUUUUGAAAAACUUGAAAUAUUCUUAGCUGAACUUUCCAAGAACAUUUUGGUGAAAGUGUUUCACGCAUGAUAAAAUAUCUGAAGCUCCUUUCAUUUGAGCCAUGUCAGAUAUCCACUUUGCUCAGCUGUGAUCUGUGAACGCAUUUAUUUGUCGUCGCUCUGCGCUCUCUGGCUUUAGGAAGGUCCUUCUAUAUCAGAGCUGGAUUGGGUUUAGUUGAUUUAUGUACAGUCAGUUCAGAACACCUGAAACAGUGGUUCACAAGAGAUGAAUGAUAAAACCUGUGCCGAGUUUCUGAAAAACAGCAAAAAGCAUUUGGAUCAUCACAACAGCCGAAAUUGUCAUGAACCGCUUGCAUGUGCUUCAACAAUUUUCAUUUUAAACGACUCAUUUUCAAAACUGAUUUAAAGGGAUAUCUGUGAUUUAGUGGUCAAAUUGUGAGUGAAAACAGUUCAGUUGAACCGUCAUUUUAAAGUGGUUUGAACAGCAGGUGUAUGGCUGUUUCCUGACUGACUGUCUGUUGCUGCUGCUGAUGCUUUAGUUUCAUGUUCAGACGAGUAUCUGGGAUACUGUACUUUUGGUUGGCUAGAAUGGAAAACCGCUUGCAUUUUCAUUUUCUACUUUAAGUCUGCUGUAACUCAAUAAAUACAGAACCAACUGUAAAA